CAUAAAGUCUGAAUGAUGACAAGGAAACUUACACAAAACCUAAACGCCCGUCUCCCACAGUUUGACAACGCAACGCUGGUCAACGACAUCGCGCUGCUGCAGCUGGUCCGCUCGGCGCGCAGGAAGCCCAACAUCGACGCUGUCUGCAUGCCCAAGCUCAACGACUUCGCCGAGGGCAGCCCCGCCACCUGCUUUGUCACAGGCUGGGGCAGGAGGAACGAAGAGACCGAGCACAGCGUCGUCCUAAAGGAGAUCAGCGUGCCCCUGUGGAGCAACCCCGCCUGUCAGAACGCCCUCAGGGAACAGUUCGGGCCGGCCUACUCGCUCCCUACGACAGCCCUCUGCGCCGGGGCUGAGGGACGUGACGCCUGCGAUGGCGACGGCGGCGGCCCUCUGGUGUGCGAGAAGGAGGGCCACUGGUACCAGGUGGGCGUCGUCAGCUUCGGCAUCGGGUGCGGGCGGCGCAACAUCCCGGGCGUGUACACGAGGGUGCAGGCCUUCGAGGGGUGGAUCAAGGACACUAUCGGCGUGCACCACCACCCUUGACGCGGCGCCGUUCCUCAUCGCUCGACGCCGCACCGCUCAUGCCAACACAUUCAUCGUGACGCAACCACCAUUCUUGGCUCCAGCACACGCACGGGCGGCGUCGGGAGGCCCCGCGGGCGGCUCGUGCCCGGGGAGAAACGUGUGUGACUGGUUCGCAAAUACAAACACGUGUGUGUGUAGUAUGAACUCAACUAUGUAUACAUAUAAUCACACACACGAACACAC